AUUGGGUGUCCUCAUUAGUCCCGUCGACAUUGGUGCAUGUCUACUCCGUAUGCAACCAGUAUUUUCUAUUUUCUAUUUUCUAUUUUCUAUUUUCUACAUCUACAUCGAUUCUCGAUUCAUACCUAUUCCAGUACUUCCCGUCCAGCAUCUGAAUACUUAUUCACCACAUCAUUCAUUAUUAGCUUCCUUCCGUCUUUUACAGACAGACCACCUACCUACGUUUUAGAUUUUCUCCGAUGUCCCUGAAAUUUAACUCCCGAUUUUGACUUUGGCCUUGAUCUACUGGAAAGCUGGAAAGUACUCCCUCCGUACAAAUAAAGUAGGGGUUAUCCAUCCCAUCCACAUAACCUUAACCUCUCCACUUAAAGUAAGCUUCCAAGUUCCAAUCAGCAUCACGAUCCCCCUCACUCAAAGCCACCCACACUUUACCCGUGCUUUACCUUUCAACAACAACCACUCGGGCACCCAUCCAUCCAUUCAUUACUUCUCCCAAAAUCCCAUCAAGACUAACAGUUUGGAAAGAGACAGAUAAUUUCAUGUUUCUUGUCCUCUCUUACUUUCCCAUCUUCUCACCUGAACAUUUACUCUCUGCCAUACCUUUCUCCCAAAUUCAGAGUUCGGAUCAAAAAGUAAAUCUUGGAAAAGAAACGUCAUCCUUGUAGCGGGGCAAUUUGAACGAACGAACGUCUUGGUCUGGAACACAUAUUCGAAAGAUUACAGGUACAACAUAUUUCCUUUUCAACAGUUAAAUAUAUCGGAUGACUUGUUUUUGAUCUUCAUCUUCACUCUGCGCAUCUGUUGGAAGACAUCUCAUAUCAUCCUGGAAGCUUUUCAAACUUUGAGGUUGGUCUCUAGAGGAGAAGGAUUUGUGAGAGCGGGACACAAGUAAUAGAAGAACAAGAAAUGCUGAUCAUGUUCCUCGACAAUACAGAUAAACCUCGAUCUAACCACCACUUAACGACUUUCUUCGCUGCGAGAUAUUUCAGCUGGUUAUACUUCGGUAAUUACAACUCUGUUGGACUGAUAUCGAAGCUGCGACAAGCUCAAGAUACUCUUUAUCUAUACAACAGGACCAAGCGCAAGAAGGUGCAGUGUGUGCAGUGUUUUGAAGAACAACAUUCACAACUCACAUUCACGGACUAUUAAUCAAUCAUCAAAUCAACGACUUUGUGCGUUUUGUACACAUUUAGCCUUUAAGAGAAAUUCAUACGAGAGAAGAAAUUCCUGCGGCUGAAAGAAUAUUUGAGGACAAGGUUGAAAAGAGUGCGAAUCACUUUGCUUUGACAUCGUCUGGAACAUCCGCAACUAACGACAACAAAGAAAAGUUUCCGAGCUUCUGCACUUUUAUUUACAAUAAAAUAGUAUUCCUUCGACUUAGCUCUUACUUUAUAUUAUUGUAAUCAUUCAGCAAAGCUGUUCAUUAGCUCUUUAUAACUGGUAGACAAGUCUCCAGUUCUUCAUCGCAGUAUACGAUCUCUUUACUUCAGAUACCUACCCAUUAUCAUAUACCAUGGCAAGUCGUGCGCCUAAUCCCUCUUCGGGAUCCCGAAAGAUCUCUUUCAAUGUCAGCGAACAAUAUGAUAUCCAGGAUGUUGUAGGAGAGGGAGCUUAUGGUGUCGUUUGGUAUGCUACCCCACCUUGUUACUCGUACAAUCUUUACAUUAUUCGAUUCGAGGCAGAGCAAGGGAACUUGCAGAACAUGAAGGGAUGCUAACUCGAUCUCUGUUUAUAGUUCAGCUUUGCACAAGCCUUCAGGGCAAAAGGUCGCUAUCAAGAAGAUCACUCCAUUUGAUCAUUCGAUGUUCUGUUUGCGAACACUACGUGAGAUGAAGUUACUUCGGUACUUCAAUCAUGAGAACAUCAUCUCCAUUCUCGAUAUUCAAAAGCCUAGAAACUACGAGUCCUUCACCGAAGUCUAUCUCAUUCAAGUAUGUAAAUGGGUGAUAUUCGCUAGCAGAAAAACAACGUGCUAAGAUAAAACAGGAACUCAUGGAAACCGAUAUGCAUCGUGUAAUUCGCACUCAAGAUCUAUCCGAUGAUCAUUGCCAGUACUUCAUCUAUCAAACUCUCCGAGCCUUGAAAGCUAUGCAUUCAGCAAACGUUUUACACAGAGAUUUGAAACCAUCCAAUCUAUUACUUAAUGCCAACUGCGAUUUGAAGGUCUGCGAUUUUGGUCUUGCUAGAUCCGCUGCCUCCCAAGAAGAUAACUCUGGUUUCAUGACUGAAUAUGUUGCGACCAGAUGGUACCGUGCUCCCGAAAUUAUGUUGACGUUCAAAGAGUAUACCAAGGCCAUUGAUGUAUGGUCUGUUGGGUGUAUUUUGGCCGAGAUGUUAAGCGGAAAGCCCCUAUUCCCUGGAAAGGAUUGUAAGUGAAAUCUAUGUAGGAGUAAUGUACCUUACUAAUAAUUUAUAGAUCACCACCAACUCACACUCAUUCUUGAUGUUCUUGGUACCCCUACCAUGGAAGAUUACUACGGCAUCAAAUCUCGUCGUGCAAGAGAAUAUAUCCGAUCUUUGCCAUUCAAGAAGAAGGUUCCAUUCAAGACUAUGUUCCCAAAAACCUCAGAUCUCGCUUUGGAUCUCCUCGAGAAACUUCUCGCAUUUAAUCCUGUCAAGAGAAUUACUGUCGAGGAAGCACUGAAACACCCAUACCUUGAGCCAUAUCAUGACCCAGAAGAUGAACCUACGGCCAACCCUAUUCCGGAAGAAUUCUUUGAUUUCGAUAAAAACAAGGACAACCUCACCAAAGAACAACUCAAACAAUUGAUCUACGAAGAGAUCAUGCGAUAGACUUUGCUUUUCACUUUUUAAUUCGCUUCGGAUAUCCUUUAUCGCAUUAUUUGGAAAACUUAAAUGUUCAAAAUAUUGAUUAUUCCGGUCCUAGAAAGUGUUUGUAGCAUGCAUGGAUUGUCAAAGAUUUGAGGUGUAUGUGGAAAUUCUCUAUUCUGGACCGGCAUUAUCUCGCCUCGGUUAGCGAAGCAAUUUUCACUUGAUUUCGUAGCCUUGAAAGAAAGCAUUGAAAUAACCAACGUCUCACGAGGAUGGUGUGAGAUGAGAUGGGUACAAAACUUGCAUAUGAGUUGGAUAAUAUAAAUGAUAAGAGAAAGGAGACAGUCGGGAAGCAUUUUUCAUAAUUUACGUGCAGGAUUAAGAUGGGAUGGAAAUAGUCGGAGCGAUUUCAUUUGACAUGAUUUGCAGGCUGAGAUGGGAUGGAAAUUAUGAUAGCAUGAUCUCAUGUUACGUACAGCUUUUCUUUUUAUUUCAAUUAUUAAGUUUUUAUUUCACUAAGCUAAGGGUUAUAACAUGA